CCAUUGACAAUAAAAUUCGAUUCAAAAAGAUUGACGUGUAUUUCUUUUCUAAUUCGUACACUUUUGCAAGCUUUUGCUUCAUUUUUAUUUAGCUCCUUGUAAAAUAUUAUCUUCUCGGUUCUUUUGUAAUAAUAAAGUAAUACAUAAUUAGUGAAUAUGUUUUACGCGUAUAGCUUGGGCAUAUUACUGUUGGUAUCGGGGUCGUUUGGACUAUACGACUCUUCGUCAGACGUGGUGGAGUUGACACCCAGUAAUUUUGAUAAACUGGUUACAAAAUCAGAUGAAGUAUGGAUAGUAGAGUUUUUCGCCCCCUGGUGCGGUCAUUGUAAGAAUCUCGUCCCUGAAUAUAAGAAGGCAGCACGGGCUCUUAAGGGUAUUGUCAAAGUUGGUGCUGUAGAUGCUGAUGAGCAUAAGAGUCUUGCUCAGAAAUAUGGAGUCUCUGGUUUUCCAACCAUCAAAGUGUUUACGGGAAGCAAACAUACCCCAUACCAAGGCCAAAGAACUGCAGAAGCAUUUGUUGAUGCUGCCCUUAAAGCAGCUAAGGAGAAGGCUUAUGAUAGUCUUGGAAAGAAGUCGAGCAGCUCAUCAGAUAAGUCGGAUGUGAUAACACUGACGGACAGCAACUUCAAAGAACUGGUGCUGGACAGCGACGACUUGUGGUUGGUGGAAUUCUACGCGCCAUGGUGUGGUCACUGCAAGAAUCUUGAGCCACAAUGGGCGAAGGCUGCUACAGAGUUGAAAGGAAAGGUGAAAUUGGGUGCCCUCGAUGCCACAGUGCACCAAGUGAUGGCCUCCCGUUAUCAAGUCCAAGGUUACCCCACCAUCAAGCUGUUCCCAUCCGGCAAGAAGAGCGCGGAUUCGGCAGAAGACUACAACGGGGGACGGACAGCAAGUGAUAUCGUCUCGUGGGCGCUGGACAAGCUGGCCGAGAAUGUACCACCGCCAGAAAUCUUGCAGUUGGUCGGCGAAGAAACAUUGAAGGGUUGCAGUGAAAAGCCGCUGUGUGUGGUGUCUGUGUUGCCGCAUAUACUAGAUUGUAACGCAGCCUGCCGCAAUGAAUACAUCUCCAUCCUGACCAGACUCGGUGACAAGUAUAAGAACAAGAUGUGGGGUUGGGUGUGGGCAGAGGCCGGAGCACAACUUAACUUGGAAGACUCGCUGGAGCUCGGUGGUUUUGGUUACCCUGCCAUGGCUGUCGUUAAUGCAAAGAAGCUCAAAUUCUCCACAUUAAGAGGCUCAUUCUCAGAGUCUGGCAUCAAUGAAUUCUUAAGAGAUCUGUCGUUCGGCCGUGGACAAACAGCUCCAGUGAAAGGGGCAGUCAUGCCCAAGAUAUCGUCGACAGAACCUUGGGACGGCAAAGACGGCGAACUGCCACCUGAAGAAGACAUCGACCUAUCUGAUGUAGAUCUGGAAAAGGACGAGUUAUAAGUGCCACGCGUGAGGACGCCAUAUGUGUACGCUUAAUUUUUGUGAGGUGUUAUAAACUCUUUGUAAUGAAAUAUGUAACUUAUAAAACUACUCAUUAAUACCAUUAAGUCUUGCAAUAAAUAGUUCCGACUCAAUUAUACUCUUAAGUUCUUAAUGGAUUUAUAUAUUUUGUUUAUUUCCGUUACCGUUAGCAUGUAUGAUACCACAAAUAUUCAGUUAAAUGUCGGCGACACAACUACGGACAGUCAGCGCUAGGCUUCCUAUAUUAUCAUUUACUGAUUAUGCCUUAUUUAGAAGCGAAACACGUGUCGCUAUUUGGGUGUAGAUCAAAUACCGGUCGGAAUUUGAUCACUCAUAGAAGGUCGUUGAAGCCUUUAUUAGCGGUGGUCGGGUUUCCGCAAUGAAUACAUGGUUAUGGUAGAGGAAUUGAAGAGA